GGCUGCUCUGUCACUCGGGCCGCCGUCGCAGCGAGUCGAUCAUGGCGAAGCAAGGGAAGGGCGGCAGAGGCAACAACAAGAAGGGCGGCGGCGCCAAGUCUCCGGCUAAGAAACAGCAGAACAACAAGGCCAAGCAAGGGAAUGGCAAGAAGACGAUGAAGGUCGUCGUCGCGACGAAGAAGCCCGCGGCCGCCGGCAAGAAGUCGCCCGGCAAGCAGCAGGGCAAGAAGCAGGGCGGCCGCGGCGGCGGCGGCGGCCGCGGCGGCGGCAAGAAGGCCGGCGGCCGCGGCGGCGGCCGCGGCAAGGGCGGCAAGGGCGAGAAGGAGAAGUCGAAGACGGCGGAGGAGCUCGAGGCGGAGAUGGACGCCUACUGGUACAAGAGCGACCCGGGCAAGGCGCUGGACAGCCAGAUGGACAACUACUGGACGUCGCCGCCGCCGGCCGUCGAGGAGCCCGCCGCCGAGGAGCCCGCCGCCGAGGAGGCCGCGGAGCCCGCGGCGGAGCCCGAGGCCGAGGCCGAGGCCGCCGCCGCGUGAGCGACGAGCCGAAACCCGCGGGGUCCGCCGGCGCCGCGGCCCCGCGACGACCGAGCGCGCGCG